AUGCAGCGAAUAGAACCACGUCAAGAGCCGCAGCAGCAACACGGCGCGCCCGGCCCGCACGACCAAUCGAGACAAUGGCAGCUGCCCACCGGCUUCGCCAACACCGGCAACCAGCCGCACGCCCAAAGCUUUGAAGAAAUCUACGGCGUGCCCGAGAACUUUCUCGAGAUCGAAGUCACCGACCCGCAAACCCACCAACCCACCUCCUCCCCCAGCUCGCGCUACACCACCUACCUCAUCCGCCUCAGCACCAACAUCCCCGCCUUCAAACUGCGCCGCUCCGAGGUGCGCCGCCGCUACUCCGACUUCGAAGUCUUCCGCGACCUGCUGGAGCGCGAGAGCGCGCGCGUCUCCAUCCCCCCGCUGCCGGGCAAGGUGUACCUCAACCGCUUCGACGACGGGGUGAUUGAGGAGCGGCGGCGCGGGCUCGAGCGCUUCCUCAAGAUCGUCGUCGGCCAUCCGCUGCUGCAGACGGGGUCAAGGGUGUUGGGGGGUUUCGUGCAGGAUCCGAAUUGGGAUCGGAAUGCUUGGUAG